CGUAGCCUGACACUCAGCAGUCAAACCGGAAGCCAAACAAAAGAGCUGGGAUUUGAAGCAUCUUACGUGUCACUACGAGGGUACUGCUGUCUGGACAUCUACCUAAAAUAGCAGUGGGUCGCUACACAUCACUUCUUCAGUCGUCAUUGAUGAGUCCUGGUUGCCCCAGUAACGGUCGAUAAAGACAGCAAUCAUGAAGGCUUUGAUCUUGGUCGGGGGUUACGGUACACGUCUGCGACCUCUCACCUUGAGCGUCCCCAAGCCACUCGUGGACUUCUGUAACAAGCCCAUCCUGCUACAUCAGGUGGAGGCCCUGGUCAAGGCUGGAGUGAACCAUGUGGUCUUGGCAGUGAGCUACAUGUCUGAGCUGCUGGAGAGAGAAAUGAGAGUCCAGGAGCAGAGACUUGGCAUCCGUAUCUCUCUUUCGCAUGAGAAGGAGCCUCUUGGAACAGCGGGUCCGCUGGCGUUGGCUCGGGAGCUGCUGGACGUUGACAACGAGCCCUUCUUCGUCCUCAACUCGGACGUCAUAUGUGACUUUCCCUUCCAAGAUCUGCUGCAGUUCCACCGCAACCAUGGCAAAGAGGGCACCAUUGUGGUGACCCGAGUGGAGGAGCCCUCGAAAUACGGCGUGGUGGUGUUUGAGGCGGAGAGCGGCAGGAUCCAUCGCUUUGUGGAGAAGCCUCAGGUCUUUGUCUCCAACAAGAUCAACGCCGGCAUGUACAUCUUUAAUCCCAGCAUGCUCGGCAGGAUUCAGCUCAGACCGACAUCCAUUGAGAAAGAGAUUUUUCCUGUCAUGGCUGAGGAGGGACAGCUGUACGCCAUGGAGCUGCAGGGUUUCUGGAUGGACAUCGGUCAGCCCAAAGACUUCCUGACAGGAAUGUGUAUGUACCUGCAGUCGCUACGGCAACACGCCCCUGACAGGCUGCGCACAGGGCCCGGUUUCCUCGGCAAUGUUCUGGUGGACCCGACCGCUCAGAUCGGUGAAAACUGCACCAUCGGCCCCAAUGUGACCAUCGGCGCCGGCGUGGUGGUGGAAGACGGCGUGAGGAUAAAGCGCUGCACUGUGAUGAAAGCAGCCAGAGUCCGUUCGCAUUCGUGGCUGGAGAGUUGCAUCGUGGGAUGGAGCUCCUCUGUGGGCCAGUGGGUCCGCAUGGAGAACGUGACCGUGUUGGGAGAGGAUGUGAUCGUCCACGACGAGCUUUAUCUAAACGGCGCAAACGUCCUGCCGCACAAAUCCAUUAGUGAGUCAGUCCCAGAACCGCGGAUCAUCAUGUAGCAUCGCAAGGAAGAAGAAUUUCUUCUGAACUGAAGAUCUAAACUGAGCCUGAGUGAGUCAGUGGUACCAAGGAGGGGGCGGAGGAAACUGAGAAUCCUUUUUUUUUCUUUUUAAACAAAUUUGGACUUUAGUCCUGCUUGACUGCAUCUCGUUGGAUGGGGUUGAGAUCUUGAUGAAGGCAGCAGGAAGGACCAUGUGAUGCUGCAGGGUUGAACAUUACUUUAACAGAGGAAGGUGUGUGUGUGUGUGUGUGUGUGUGUGUGUGUGUGUGUGUGUGUGUGUGUGUAUUUCCAGAGCUGCUGUUUAGACUCAGUCAGUCAAGGUCCACACUUCAUCGCCACGUCAAUGCACUGAAAUGACUGAGGAUCUGAAAUGACUGCGUUCAGUACUCGGAUUGGCCGCUUGAGGGCAGCAGAGCACAUAAUGGUUCCCAGGAUGGUCAAACUCGUAUAGUUUAACCGGUUAUUUUUACACUAACUAAUUAGUCAUGUCAACUGAUCUAUUUUACAUAUUAAUUAUCAUCAUACAUUACAAAAUGAACUCUUUAUUACUAUGCAGCUGUAGUAGCACUGCAGUGAAACCAAAUCACGUGUUAUUCCGUGUUUGAAUGGAAGGUGGCGCUGCAUUUAAAGGAGCCUUCAUUCUUGUGCAAUAAACAAGAAGAGCAGUAGAAAAAUGAAUGAUGCAUUCACAUAACAAAUAUUGUUUGUCCUUGUUUUAAAUCCGGUGAAGAAUGAAGGCCAAACCAUGGCCUUGGAGUGAGCAUCAAUGGUCUCCUUGAAGGUCACAUUGUUGCCUUCUAGCGUUGCAACAGGAAGUAAAAUUAUCAGCCACUGAAGCAGAUGAGGUGCACUGAUGAUGUCACAUUGUUUGCUGUUGUGACGAUGAAGUAUUUUCUAAGAGAAUAAUAUAACUCUUCAACUCUUCCACUUUUUGUCUUGGUUGUUUCUUUGCUCUGUGUUCAAUUCCACUCA